CUCCGCAGCUGAAGUACAGAUUUUUUUAAAAAGUGUUGAAGAAAAAUGAAGAAUCGACGAAUCACUGACAAUUACGUUUCGCAUCCUCUUAAGACCGAAUGUACAGAGGAAAACGACGACACGUUCAGCGGCAGUCCGUUAAAAGUCCGGGUUUUCAAAAGACGAUGGCUUCAACUAUUCUUAUUUGCUUUGUGCGGCAUAUGCAGCAGCUAUCAUUAUGCUCAAUUCGUCAUCGUCAGCCACAUAAUAAGUCGAUACUACGACGUCUCAGCGUUGGCGGUAGCAUCGACCAACAUCAUGUUGAUGGUAGCCUACGCAGUUUUCCUCUUCCCUGCCAUGUUUUUAAUGGAACGCAUCGGCCUGAAGUGGACGGUCGUGAUAGGAGCCGCAUUGACGUGUCUCGGAGCUUGGAUUAAGGUCUUUUCGGCAGCCAAAGAUCAUUUUCCGCUGCUGCUCAAAGGGCAAGCCAUGGUCGCGAUCGGCCAAGUUUUCAUUGCUCCUGUUCCGGGAAAAUUGGCUGCAUUCUGGUUCGGGAAUGACCAACUCGCCCUCGCCACCGCCAUCGGCUCCUACGCAGCUCACGUCGGCUUGUCGCUCUGCUUCCUGACCGUUCCGGUUUUUGUCCGAAACCGCUACGACGUCGAGGAAAUCGGGUACCGAUUGUCCGUCAUUUACUGGACAGUCGCGAUUGCAUGUUCAGUCGUAACGUUGGCCGUACUUUUUCUUUUUCAGGACGAACCUCCCGCGCCACCAAGCGAGUCGCGGGCGCUUCAAAAAUCCACGCACGAGCGUUUCGACAAAGGAAUUUUAGUGUCCUUCAAAAAGUUACUAACAAAGAACAGGAACUUCAUCAUUCUUUGGAACGCCUAUGGUCUGAUUGUUAGCAUAUUUAACUCGAUGGGGGCAAUUUUGAAUCCGUUGGUCUUAACUCACUUCAAGAACUGCGAAGUUGAUGUGGGAAUAAUGUUUCUUUUGCUGUGCUUUGUGGGUACCAUAGGUUCGUUGAUCAUCGCAUCAAUUCUCGACAAAACGAAGAAAUUCAGAGUCAUCGCCAUCACCGUGAGCAGUUCGUCUUUAUUUUGCGAAAUACUUUUUGCCACGACCUUGAAUAUGGAAAUUAAAUGGACGGUUUUUCUGUCAAUUUCGCUUUUCGGCAUUACUCUGCUCAGUUUCAACGCGAUUGGAUUUGAAUUAUGCGCCGAAGCGACUUACCCCGAGUCUCAGGCACUAUCGACAGGAAUGUUGAGCACAGCGGGCCAAAUAUACGGAGCUUUCGUAAUUCCUCUUAUCCUCAAGGUGACAGACGUUUACGGCGAAACGGCUGGACACGCGGUCAUUCUCGCAAUUCUCGGCCUAGGAACUCUGUUGACAAUAUCGAAUAAAAUCGAUCUGCGUAGGCAAAGAGCUGAAGAAUCUGCCAUGUGAUAUAAUGCGCUGAGCCAAGGAGUAUCAGACGAAAUA